UUUUGGGUGGCAAGUAAGUUUUGAGGCUGACUGAAGAAGCAUUUCGAAGCUCCUUCAAACACGACUAGACACGGCGUUCAAAGCAAGGUCAAGAAGAACAAAAACAACACCAAGCAAAACAACCGAAGCCACCACGUGGUUGCUGUAUUUUGGAAGGUCGGUGACCAUGAUGCGCUAUUCCAGAGGUGGUCGAGGGCGCGGAGGCAGGGGCCGGUUUGGGAGAGGAGGAGAAGGGCGCAAUAAUACGGCAAGAGGUUCCAUGGCGUGGGUGAGGCCUCCAAGCGACGAAAGCAGUGGAGUUUCCAACGGUCCUGUGUUACGAGGGCCGGGCCAUUUUCGUGGGAGAGGACGAGGUCGUUCGUCAUCAUCAUCAUUCCAUUCUAUGACAACUAAUACCAAAAAGUCGUGGCGACGAGACGCUUCAGCGACAUCGCAAGUUGUGGAAGGGUCAACAGUACAUGUAGGACAGGAGAACUCAAGUUUUGAUGCUGAAGAAAAACCGAAAAUCGUGGUUGCCAGGGAUGGGAGCAGCAAAAAGGAGGAAGAAGAGCCACAAGAAAAGCAGGACAUUUCCUCGGGGGGAUUGGUGGCUGAAAACGUAUCGAGUGCGUUGGUAAAGCUGGGGUCCAACAAGCUGGUAGUUUCCAAUAAAAGCAAUUCUCAAGGACCAUCAGCGGCCAAGCUGCAAGAAGAAGCUGAAAUCACACAUGUUUCCACUACAGCAUCUGACACUGCAUCUCCCAAAGAGACUAGAAAGAUGAUGCCAAAGGGAUCCAACAAACUGGUGUUGUCAAAAAAUCCAAGCAACAGUACAUGUAGCAGCAACAAUCAUCAUUCAAAAUCAUGGAACAAGUACUCUGCAAAAGAAGGAGACCAUCUUCAAGAGGCAAAGAAAACAAAGAGAACUCGAUCAACGGCAUACAGCCAUGGUCCAACCGUUAAACGGGUCAAGAUCUACGACACCAUGAGCGAGGCAUACCAAGACGACAACAGCGACGCUGCAACUGCGAACAACAGUGAACAACAAGGUAAGUCAUUGACCAACGCUGCCUACCGAGAAACCUACGGUGGCAAUCGUCUGGUCAGAGUCAAUCAAGAAGACACACCAAUCUGCCAAACAUUUCUACGUGGCAUCAAGUGCGAAAAUGAACGUUGUACCAAACGACAUGAUGUCCCAAGAGAAUCCGCAAUGCCAAUCUGCUCCUUCUUUCAACGACACGGCCAGUGUCUAAAAGGUUCAGAGUGCAGGUUUCGUCAUGUCAAGGUCAACCCCCUCGCCACCAUUUGUCCCAGCUUUAAUCUAUUGGGAUAUUGCGAUGACGAAGCCUGCCCGAUGAAGCAUGUGGCUGCCACAAAAAAAGUAACAGCCAAUGGCAAGCGGAAUUCGUAUCAUCAUAAUCGUGGCAGCAACAACAAACAGCGGACGUCAAAAUCGUACCGAUAGAGUACAUUAUGUCCAAAGGUAAGGAAACAUGAGACACCCGGCAACUGGAAGUUGCGUGAUGCUGUAUUUGAUUUGUUCAAUUCUUGCGCGUUUUAAAAUGGUGGGUAAGACACUCGAGAUUUUAUGCACUCGGGAACGAUUGAAUGAUCAGUCUUUCAUGAUGUGAACUAACUGGCCACGGUGGUCUGGACAGUCAUGCAUUCAUCAUGUAAAGGGGAGGAUUGAAUUCAACAAGGUUAUCAAUCAAACGAUGGGGCUCAUCUUCGUAUUCCAUGUAUGGCCAUUUUAAUCUAUAGUGUUGUAUUAUUUAAAAACCAUCGACAGCGAAU